CGGAGUGCCGUCUCUGUUGGCGCUGAGCUCCGCGUCAGUGCCCGCCCUCCUUUCUUUCCCCUCGCUAGGGUGGGUUAUCAUUGCUGCCCCCUCGGCGUCUUUGUUCAGUGACAGUGACGGAAAAAUGGAUCAUCAUAUCCGCACUGUGGCUAAAGCUGCUGGAUGCAGAAUAAUGGGCUCUUAAUUCUGUUGUGGAGAACCAUCAUUAUGGUGAGAAGAGAGAAGAGAGAAGAUUAAUGAAAGAAUGCGAUGUUUACAAGACCCUUGUUCCCGGCUGUUACAAGGUAGUUAGUAGUAGUAGCCUUUGUCAUUAGAUUUCUCCUGCUUCGCAGCCAUGAUGAUUUCUGAGGUAUUCUUUUAGACAAUGGGCAUGGCGGGAAUGCUCGAUGAGAUCAUUAACUAUGUUCAGUCACUGCAGAACCAAGUCGAGUUUCUUUCGAUUAAACUUUCGGCUGCAAGCUUCGUUUAUGACUAGUGCCUCGACACCGAGAGCGUUUUGACAUCGCGGAAUUCUUGAUGUUACUAUGGAUGAACUUCAACGGAAUUUUGAUUCGGAAGCAUCUGAUGCUAUCAAGCAUUCCUCAAGUUAUGCAAGGAAUUUCUUGGAGUACUGUUGUUUUAGAACCCUUGCACUUUCUACUCAAGUUGCUAGCCACCUCUCGGAUAAAGCCUUUCGCCGAUUGACGUUUGAUAUGAUGUUUGCUUGGGAGGCUCCUGCUGCUGCAGACCAGCCUAUACAUAAGAUGGUGGAUAAGGAGAGAACUGCAGGUGUGGAGGCUUUUUCUCGAAUAGCACCUGCCAUCCCCACCAUCGCAGACGUAAUUACUUGCUUCAAUCUCUUUGAUAAGCUUACCAAUUCGACUGGCGGUCGACUUACUUUUGCUAUCUACGAGAAGUACCUAGCUGCAUUAGACAGAGCAAUAAAGAAGAUGAAAACUCAGUCUGAGUCAUCUCUUCUAUCGGGUCUUCGUCUCCAUAGAGGAGAAAGGAUCCUUGAAGUGGAUGGAACAUUGACCACACAACCAGUACUUGAACACAUAGGACUUUCUACAUGGCCUGGAAGAUUAAUAUUGACAGACCAUGCUCUCUACUUUGAAGCACUACGACUGGUAACCUCUGAUAAGCCAAAGGUAUAUGAGCUUGCAGAUGAUCUAAAACAGAUUAUCAAGCCUGAGUUGACUGGGCCAUGGGGUUCACGUCUUUUUGACAAGGCUGUCCUGUACAAAUCAAUAUCACUAUCAGAACCAGUAAUCAUGGAGUUUCCCGAGCUUACAGGUCAUUCUCGUCGGGAUUAUUGGCUAGCUAUAAUGCGAGAAAUUCUUUAUGCCCAUAGAUUUAUUCAGAAAUUUGAGAUAGAAGGUGUUGAGAAAGAAGAAACACUCUCAAAAGCUGUACUGGGCAUUCUACGGUUGCAAGCUAUUCAAGAGUUAGUUUCUUCGGUGCCUGUGAAAUAUGAAACCCUUCUGAUGUUUAAUCUCUGUGAUCAGCUUCCUGGAGGUGACGUAAUACUGGAAACACUAGCCAAUAUGAUAGCCUCUAGGAAGUUGGAUCGGACCAACCAAUUUAGUUCAGGAGGUGGAAUGUACUCUAUAUCUGCUCUGGGUAUUUUGUCAAACCUGGGUCUUGUAUCACAAGUCUCAGCAGAUGACAAGCUUCUUGUUGGUGAGAUAGUUGUAGGGGAAAUGACUUCAUUAGAAAGGGCUGUCGAUGAGUCCAGGAAUAGCUAUAAACAGGUAGAGCAAGCACAAGCUACAGUUGAUGGAGUUAAAGUAGAUGGUCUCGAUACCAAUUUGGUAGUGAUGAAGGAGCUGCUUCAACCGAUGAUUCAACUGGGAAAUUUCUUUGUUGCUAUGGCUUCUUGGAAUGAACCCAUUAAGUCCCUCGUAUUCAGUUCUUUAUCUUGUUUCAUCAUUUUCAGGGGAUGGCUUGGUUAUGUCCUCGUUCUGGUGCUUCUCUUUGUUGCCAUCUUCAUGCUGCUUACUCGAUUUACUAAUCAAGGAAGGCCAAUAAAUCAGAUCAAGGUGAAGGUUCCUCCAGUUAUGAACACAAUGGAGCAGAUCUUGGCAGUUCAGAGUGCUAUCUCUAAAGUUGAAGAGUUAGUUCAGGAUGGAAAUAUUGUUCUCUUGAAAAUACGAGCUUUAUUACUGGCUGUUUCUUCCCAGGCGACAGAUAGAAUUAUACUGGUGCUGGUUUUGAUGGCCUUGGCGAUAGCUUUUCUACCUAGUAAACUGCUUCUCUUGAUGCUAUUUCUGGAAAUAUUUACAAGGAAUUCACCACCGAGAAGGGUGAACACAGAGAAAUGCACCAGAAGAUUGAGAGAGUGGUGGUUCAGCAUACCUGCAGCUCCAGUUGUUCUUGAAAGAGACAAGGAAGAUAAGAAGAAGAGGUGAUCUUGUACACAUAGUUGCAUGAACUUAGAUUUCUUCACUGCGGUUGUAAAUAAGAUGACAUUGCCCAGUCAUUCAGAAAAUGUCAACUGUU